AAUGAGCAGCUUUCCUCUUGCGAACUUCACAAGCUAAAUGGGUGGUUCGCACAUUGAACAGGAUUUUCAGUAACAUUAGCUAAAGGAACACAGACAGAGAAACAAGGACAAUUCGGAAAGGAACGUUGAAACAUAUUUGUUGGUCUGUCUAAGAGCGACAUUGGCAAUGUUUUCCUUGUCAACAACAGUCCAACCACAGGUCACGGUCCCCCUGAGUCACCUGAUCAACGCCCUCCACUCCCUGAAGAGCUCAGUGGGAAGCAGCAGCAGUGCCACUGCUAAACCUCCGCACAAACAGCAUGCCUCAGAACAGGACUUGCAUAGUAACGAGCCCACGUGGAGCCUGAGGGACCUGGGCCUGUCUGACCUGGGCGUGCGGCAGCUGGACGAGCUAGUGAGCGGUGUGUUACCACGUCUGAGUCAACAGGGUGUGUCGUCCUCAUCCAGCCCCAGCCAAAAGGCCUGGAGGACGUCCCACUUGUCCUCACAGUCAUUCUUUCACAACAAGCAUGGGUUCUUUGGUGGCAAAAUUGGCAUUGACUCCCCUGUUUUCUGCAGACAGAUCCCCUCCCCUCUUCAAACUGUUUUCACAGAGCUCCACUACUGGCCAGUGUGGGUCCAAAGCCGAGGCUUUAAAACUCUAAGGAAAAACAAGCGACUGCAGGCAGGCUUUGAGCGUCCCAUGGAACCAGAUGGCUUUACCCCAUCUUUUAUGAAGGGCCUCCUGACACGUGAUAAGGGGAUGGAGGUGGAAACCUUGGACAAGCUCCUGAAGAGCAAGAACAUUCCAGAUGGGCAGCAAGAUUCUUUUAAGACCGGGUUUGCCGAGGGCUUCCUAAAAUCCCAAGCGCUGACACAGCGCAAACAAGAUUCUCUGAGGAGGACGAGGUUUAUACUGCUGGUCCUGCUGCUGGUGGGACUCUACGGCCUCUCCAAGACCCCCUUCCUAUCGGUGCGAUUCCGAACCACAUCAGGCCUGGACUCGGUGGACCCUGUCCAGAUGAAGAACGUGACAUUUGAGCACGUCAAGGGGGUGGAGGAGGCCAAGAACGAGCUGCAGGAGGUGGUGGAGUUCCUCCGGAGCCCAGAGAAGUUCACCGUCCUCGGAGGGAGACUGCCGAAAGGGGUCUUGCUGGUUGGCCCCCCUGGCACUGGGAAGACUCUGUUGGCCAGAGCCGUAGCUGGAGAGGCCGACGUCCCCUUCUAUUACGCCACCGGUUCGGAAUUUGAUGAGAUGUUUGUGGGGGUUGGAGCCAGUCGCAUUAGGAACCUCUUCAGGGAAGCUAAAGCCAACGCCCCAUGCGUGAUCUUCAUUGACGAGUUGGACAGUGUCGGAGGGAAGAGAAUCGAGUCUCCCAUGCACCCUUACUCCAGACAGACCAUCAACCAGCUACUGGCUGAGAUGGACGGGUUCAAACCAAAUGAAGGGGUCAUCAUCAUCGGGGCGACAAACUUCCCUGAGGCUUUGGAUAACGCUCUGAUUAGGCCGGGACGUUUUGACAUGCAGGUCACUGUCUCCAAACCAGACGUGAAAGGACGCACAGAAAUCCUCAACUGGUAUUUAAGGAAGAUCAAAGUAGACCCUGACAUCGAGGCUGGGAUCAUCGCCAGGGGCACAGUGGGCUUCUCCGGGGCCGACCUGGAGAACCUGGUGAACCAGGCAGCUCUGAAGGCGGCGGUGGAUGGCAAAAACAUGGUGACCCUCAAAGAGCUGGAGUUCGCCAAGGACAAGAUCCUCAUGGGCCCAGAGAGGAGGAGUGUGGAAAUAGACAAGAAGAACAAGGAGAUCACAGCGUACCAUGAGUCUGGCCACGCUAUCGUGGCGUACUACACCAAGGACGCCAUGCCCAUCAAUAAGGCCACCAUCAUGCCCAGAGGUUCUUCCCUGGGUCAUGUGUCUAUGCUCCCGGAGGAUGACCGCUGGAGCGAGACGCGAGCUCAGCUGCUGGCCCAGAUGGACGUCAGCAUGGGAGGCCGUGUGGCAGAGGAGAUCAUAUUUGGCAAUGAGUUCAUCACCACUGGGGCAUCAAGUGACUUUGAUGCUGCCACCAAAAUUGCAAGAAUGAUGGUGACCAGAUUUGGAAUGUGUGAGAGGCUGGGUGUCAUGACCUAUGCUGACCAAACCAAACAGAGCCCGGAGACACAGGCUGCCAUCGAACAUGAAGUCAGGAUACUUUUAAAGGAUUCGUACGAGCGCGCCAGGGCGCUCCUCAAGUCUCACGCCAAGGAGCACAAGAACCUGGCAACCGCCCUGCUGCAAUACGAGACGCUGGAUGCCAAAGAGAUCAAGAUGGUCCUGGAGGGCAAGGCCCUAGAGAUCAGAUGAGACCUCCAAGGGUGGAGGCGUCACUCUGUUUAUUGGGGGGAUGGGGUGGGGAGAGGAGACAAAAUAUGGCUGUGGAUUAGGGUAGGGAAGCAUAGGAACUGUUGGGAUUGGCUUUUUGGAAGGUGUUGGAAUGUAAAUAUAUGAAAUUUAAGGUUUCAAGAUAGGAUAAUUUUUUUUAUGUAAAAUAUGUACGCAAACUACGCACAGUCUUAUCUUCCUGUUAAUGUCUGGAUAGUUGUUAGGAUCCUUAUUGUCGAUAACAAGGAGGAUUGUGGGAUUUCCCUUCAAAUUGGUAGGGGCAAUCAGCAGUUGCUGCAUCCAUUUUUGAAUUUAUAAAUUAAUGAUAUGUACCCAUUUGAUUCUUGAAGAAUAGAACUUAUAAAUGCCUCAUGAGUUUAGUUCAACUGUCAUACCCCAUCAGAACCCAAAAUAUACGCUUGUAUUACGCCAAUGUUUGUACACAAACUAAAUGUAAACAAACACUGUAAAGCAGGGGUGUCAAACUCAUUCCACGGAGGGCCUAGUGUCUGCAGGUUUUUGGUUUUUCCUUUCAAUAAAGCCCUAG